ACAGUCCCCGCCAUCACUCUUCGCUUGUUGUUUAUCUACUGCCUAGUUCUAGUUGCUGCCCCUGGAUUUUGCCCGAUAAGCGGUGUUCCCUCCUUCCGGUGGAAGCCCCUCGUGGCUCUCUGCUUUUCCUACAGUCUCCUAUCUCCCUGCUGCCCCUUGGCGCAGCUGAUCAAGUCCGCGUCGAGACUCUUCCAUCAUGCGUCCCGCCAGGUCGACUUUCCUAAUCGCAGCCGCCCCGUUACUCUUUCUAUGCUCUUCUACCUCCGGAGCUGAACCUUUACGAAAUGGACUAAAACCAUGUACCAUAUUCUCACCAACGACGGGCGCCUAUUUUGAUCUUAAUGCAAUAGCGCUAUCACCGCCAGUAAUUAAAGAUGGGAAGAAAGUUCACAAUAAAGAUAGGGAAGAGAGUUGGCAUGCUAAAGGAUACGAUUAUCCCGCAAAUUUCACAUUAAACAUCUGCGCUCCUGUUAUCGAAGAUUUGAAGGAUGUGGUUGGAGUGGACGAGUCCAAAUGGGCAAACGUAAGCGCAUACUAUACAUUAGAUGGGAAAAUGUAUUCCAUAGGGCAACAAUCAUCAGAACUCGUUUUCCGCGGACGUAGCCUGGUCCUCAACUACACCGACGGUUCCCCUUGCCCAGCGCUGACAUCAUCGAAGGCCAGUGGAUUCGGAACCACAGACCAAACUCCCAAUAAGGACAAGGUAUUGGGCCAAGGUGAUGAUAAUGGCCAUGAUAAAGAUAAAAAUCAGGAUGACAAGACCGAUGAUAGGGACAAACAUGAUGGAAAGAAGGGGGGAAAUUCUUCUGAUCACGAACCUGCUGAUUCAUCCCGCCGAAAAUCUACUAUCUUGUCCUUCCUAUGCGAUCGGGAUCUGGUGUCCCCAGCGGCAAGUGUGACGUUUGUCGGAACUCUCGAUUCGUGCACCUAUUCCUUUCAGGUACGAAGCGCCGCUGCAUGCGGCGGUUUUGCACGCACUGACGGUGGACUGGGUCCAGCUGGUGUCUUUGGUGUGAUUGCAUUGAUAGCCAUUGCUGUAUAUGUUCUUGGUGGAUGCGCGUAUCAACGAACGGUAAUGCACCAACGUGGGUGGAGACAAUGCCCGAAUUACAGCAUGUGGGCCAGUGCCGUUUCAUUCCUACGGCAUCAAUUUUAUUGUGCAUUCCCGGUCUCUUCUUUUGCGCCUACCAUUGUUCCUACCAACACUCCACCCCGUUUUGACGUCUUCAUAAUACUCUUCGCCUCCUUGUGUCGUUGUUUCAGCUCUAGCAAUUUCAAAUCUCCAACGGGAUACUCACCUUUCUCCAAUUACAACCACAACUCCAACGACAGGAAUGCAGGAGGGUUCGUUAGUGCCUUCAGUGGCCGCCGGGGUAGCGGUGGCGGCGCCGGUGGGAGGGGCAGGCGGAUAGAUGUGGAUGAAGAGAAUAGGUUGAUUGAUCAGUUGGAUGAAGAGUGGGAUGAUUGA